UUUAUAACAAGGAGGCCAGACACAAGCUGGAGACAAUGAAGAGCCAAAAACUGAGUUUCCUGAGCUACUUGCUAUUCAAAUGGCAAUCACAAGCAACUUUUAUUGGUCGAUCAGUGCUGCCUGUGUUCCUGCUCAUCAGACUGGUGACAGUGGGAGCUGCAGCACAAACCGCCUGGCAUGACGACGAUUCGGACUUUGUCUGCAAUACACAAAGUCAAGGCUGUUAUUUGGGCUGUUUAGAUAAGCUCAUGCCUGUAUCCCCCAUGCGUUUGUGGACACUACAGCUGCUUCUGGUUUUGGCUCCAGGUCUUGUCUUUCUCCUCCACCUAAUCCACCUCAUCAACCAGGAAAACCAGGUGAGGACUGGGGGAGUCAAAGUCAAAGCUCACAUUCGGGGGGCAUAUCUGGCUUGUAUGGCUUCUGUCAUACUGGUAGAGAUUGAAACGCGUCAUCGAUGUGAAAGCAAACCCUGUUUUCACACAACUGAUUGUGUUGUUCCCCAUGCACCCGAGAAGUCUGUGUUCCUGGUAACUGUGUUUGCUGCUUCCUGCAUCUCCAUCCUGCUGUGUGUGCUGGAGGUCGUUUAUGUGUUGUGGUGCAAACCGAGCCAGGAGGACGCUGCAGAGGCCCUGCAAUCAGAGCCAGAGGUGGAGGAGAGUCAGAGCUUCCCAGUUCAGCUGCUGGCUCUGUGGAACUCCUGUGCUGGAUUUUUGGGUAAAACCAUCCUACCAGUGUUGCAGCUGAUCCGACUCAUUAUUGUCGGGGCAGCGGUGAAGCCAGUGUGGGACAACGAAUUAAAACACUUUGUCUGUGAAUCUAUGCAGCCAGGCUGCAGUCAAGCUGCUUUUAACACAAUCUUCCCCUUUUCUUUGUAUCAGUACUGGACACUGCAGGUGACUUUAGUUUUGGCUCCUGGUCUGAUUUUCUUCUCCUACUUGGUCCAUCUUGUUGUCACGGCAAAGAAGGACAGAGCAGAAGUGGAGGUUAAAGGCCAUGCAGGCCUACUUCGGGCAUAUGUGGGAAGCUUAUCAGCUGUCACUCUGCUAGAAGUGGGAUUUGCAGUGGGACAAGCUUUGGUUUUCCAGCGCCCCCUGUCAAUCACCAACUUUGUAAAAGCCAUCCCAUGCCCCACUACAACUGAGUGUCAUCUACCAAAGCCAACAGAGAAGUCUGUAUUUAUGGCAAUCGUGCUCUUUGUGUCAUGUCAGUCUGGUCUUCUGAACCUGGUGGAGAUGGGCUUGGUGUUGAAGGGUUGGAGGGUUGAAAAACGUCAGCAGACAAAUUAUGGAGGCUUUCAGAUGGCAUCACUUGUCAAGACAGAAGCAGAUGUUAAAGAGAAGGAUGCCGAUGCCAAACUCAACAUAUGAGAUAUCCUUUCUAGAGGAGA